CAUUUUUUUAUGUUCUGUCGAUAUGUUUUCUUAGUCAAGGAUAAACUAAAAAAUGUCCACAAGACAACAUCUUCCCAGAGGUAUUGGGAACCGUAGUAAAGCUGCAACCGAUGUUGAAAGAGAAAAUUUUGAGAAAAGUCAGACUGUUGCCAUUAACAAGGCCAUAAACAAUCAAGAAUCUCCAGUCAAAGAAAAACAUGUGCGCAUUGCCAUUCUUGGAACAUUCACAGAAAAUGGAGCCAGUAUGUUCUGGCACAUUGCAACUAGACUUCCAGUCCAAGGCAAUCCCAUAGUGUGCUGGAAAUUCUGUCAUGUGCUUCACAAGCUACUCAGAGAGGGGCACUCUAAUGUCGUAGUGGAUUCAUUUAAAUACUGCAGUCAUCUCGGUGACUUGGGAAAACUCUGGGGUCAUUUAAGGGAGGGAUAUGGCAAAUCAAUAGAAAAUUACUGUCGCCUGUUGAUCCAGAAGCUGCAAUUUCACAAAAAAAACAUGGAGAUUCCUGGGAACCUUAAAAUGUCUGAUGAACAAUUUGCUAAGAUCUGUGGAUCUGAUGUAAACAAUUAUUUUGAGAUAACUGUGGACAUGCUGGAUUAUAUGGAUGAAAUCCUGGCUCUUCAGCAUUCAGUGUUCAGUUCCUUGGACAUGUCUAGGUCAAACUCCAUGACUAAUGCUGGACAGUGUAGAUUAGCUCCCCUGAUUCUGUGUAUACAAGAUUCAUGUCAACUCUAUGAUUAUAUUGUCAAAUCACUCUUCAGAUUACAUUCUAGUCUCCCUCCAGAUACCCUGUCUGGACACAGAGAUAGGUUUAUGACUGCAUAUCGGAAGUUAAAGCAGUUUUAUCUAAGUAGUAGUAAUUUACAAUAUUUCAAGAAUCUAGUCCAAGUCCCAUUUUUACCUGAGGAGCCUCCAAACUUUCUGAUAGCCUCAGACUUCAGUAAACAUGUCAAACCAGUGGCUGUUGUUCCAGAACCAGAACCAGAAAAUGAACCAGAUACUGACAGUAUAGGAGAUCUGAUUGACACCUCAGAGGACAAAUUUGAUGCAGCAUUUGGUAAUGGUUUUGAACCUCCAGAAAUUGAUGAGAGGGAUUUGCUUAUUGAACGUUUGCAGAAAGAAAUACAGUUUUUAAAAUCUGAGAUAGAGAGGAUCAAAUUUGAGGAUGCAAGAAUAAUUGCUGCGCAGAAGGAGGAAAUUGCAAAACUUGAAAAAAUUCUGUCAGAGUUGAGACUAUCUGCAGAUAAAGCAAUGAAGGAAAAUGAAAGCACUAGGAUAAAGCUUGAAGAAGCUACAGUGAAUACCGGUGCCAUAGCUAAACUUGCUGAGGCUGAAAAGCUUGCAAAAGCAAAUGAUGAAAAAUUCAAGAAAAUGAAGGAGAUAUACAAUAAGCUGAGAGAAGAACAUGUAGCCCUUAUCAGAAAGAAUGCUGACACAACUAAGAAGCUAGAGGUAGAGAAAAGGUUGGUCCAAGAAAAAGAGCAAUCAAUUCAGGAGUCCAAAUCUCAGAUGGAGCGACUUGAGAAUGAAAGGAAGAUCAUUCAAGAUAGUCUUCAGCAAAGUGCUGAUGAGGUCACCUCACAGCUUGCUGAGGCAACUUCUCAAAACACUGAGCUGCUGAACAAACAGGAACAUUUGGAAAACCAAGUGAAGACCUUAGGAGACACAAAAGCUAACCUGAUGUCACAGCUACAGAGCACUGAGGAGGAGUGUGAGAGUCUCCAGUGUAGGCUGGAGGCCCUAGAGAAAGAAAAACACCAGUCUGAAGAUGCCCUUCAGCUUGAGAUAAGAAAUGUGCAUGGGCAACUGGCAUCUCUGAAAGAUGAGAUGACAACAACUGAGAUUAAGAGGAAGAACGAGAUUGAUAGCUUAAAGAACCAGCUAGAGAAUACAUUAUCAGAGAAGACAAAAAUGGAGGCCCAGCUUAAGGAAUGUAUUGAAGAUCUGCAGCAUCGUCUCAAUCAGCUGGAUACUGACAAGCAGAGCAGUGAAAAGAGGCUCCAAGAUAAUCUCAGUCAGCUCCACAAAGACCUUAUUGCUGGUGCAGUGAAAGAAGGAAGAAAAUUCAUUGGUGAUGCCAUGCAACAGGUGGAAAACCCAACACAUAUUCCUGUCAGAUGCACUGCAGAAUUUUUGUUGCUAAGAGCUGAACCUGUUCUCUCUUCCCUUGAGAAUCUCAAAACAGCCCAAAAUGUAUACACUCAAAACCAAACAGAUCUAGAGGCUCUCUUGACAACCAUCUCGAACUUUAGCCAUAACAUGAGUGACUGUGUAAUAAAUGGAAUUGCCACGUCACACUCAGCUCAGCUGGAGGCUGCAGAAGAGUUGGUGUCUGCAUGCUUGUCAGCUGGAGAGAGUGGCUUAGAGGUUCUGAAUUCUGUAUCAAAAGGUGGAUCUAUUCAGUCAGAAGUAGAGAAAUCCACAGAUAAAGUAAAGCAUCUGAUCAAGGUAGCAGAAGACUUGGUCCCCAAGAUGGUGGAUGUUAAAGAGCAGGAGAUAGGAGACCUUGUAGAGAAUGAGAUGAACUCCACCCAUGUUGUUUUAGAGCAGGCAGCAAAGAAAAUAGAGGAGAUGCUCCACCAGACAAGAAAGGACAUGUCGGGUGUAGAGCUGACAGUCAAUGAGAGUAUUCUAGAUUCCUGUACAGGACUCAUGCAGGCUAUCAGAGUGCUUCUGGUUAAAUCACAAGAUCUGCAAAAAGAAAUUGUGGCACAAGGAAGGGGUACAUCUAGUGUAAAGGAGUUUUACAAGAAGAAUCACAGGUGGACAGAGGGUUUAUUGUCUGCUGCUAAAGCAGUUGGAUGGGGAGCCUCAUCACUGUUAGAAGCUGCAGAUAAAGUUGUGAAAGGAGAAGGAAAGUUUGAGGAGCUCAUUGUCUGCUCCAAUGAGAUUGCAGCCAGUACAGCUCAGCUGGUGGUGGCAUCAAAGGUCAAAGCUGACCGGAAGAGCAAAAAACUAUCAGAGCUGUCAGAGGCCUCAAAAGUGGUCUCAAGUUGCACUGGAAAAGUGGUGGGUUCUGCCCGGGAAGCUGCGCAGAUCAUUGAAGAACAAAGCCUGAUGGAUUUUACAAAACUGAACUUGAUGCAAGCAAAAAAGGAGGAGAUGCAGUUACAGGUACGAGUUCUGGAGCUUGAAAAGGAUCUGGAGACUGAAAGAUAUAAACUAGGUCAAGUGAGAAAGAGGCAUUACCAGCUGGCUGGGGAAAAUGAAGGAUGGGAAACUAAUGAGCUCACCUCAACAGAGUUGGGGGAGCUUAUAUAAUACCCUAGGUGUUGGUGUCAGCAUUGGAGUCAGCGUCCCAGAAGUCUUGACAGAAUAGAGUCUUUUGAAUAAAGAUGUCGCUAUAAGGGAUGUGACUAUUGAAAAAUUUUACUGUCUGAAUAAAGAAGAAAAUCCACUUUUGAAACAUCCAGCUGCAUAAAAGUUUAAUUGUGCACAAAUAAACUCAAGACAUUCUCAUUUCUGUAUUUGGUUAAACCUGUAUAACACCAUUAUACACUUUUUUUCAUUGUUACUCAUGUCAUUUAUUUUUUGAAAAUCUUUUUUAACCUUGAAAGACAUUCUUUCAGUAAAUAAAGGACAGGCUUCUUUGAAAA